UGGAACCUAGCGUCCUGCUAGGCGGAAGGGCGGAGCUUCAGGUCUCCAUGGAGACGGCUUCUCCUAGCAACCAGACGGGCGUUGAGCAGCGCCGCAAGCCUGAUGGACGCCGAGAGCCUCCUGCUGUCGCUGGAGCUGGCGUCCGGCAGUGGGCAGGGCCUCAGCCCGGACCGUCGGGCCUCGCUGCUCACGUCUCUUAUGCUGGUUAAGCGCGACUACCGCUACGAUCGGGUUCUCUUCUGGGGCCGCAUUCUCGGCCUCGUUGCCGAUUACUACAUCGCGCAGGGCCUGAAUGAGGACCAGCUCGCACCGCGCAAGACGCUCUACAGCCUGAAUUGCACAGAGUGGAGCCUCUUGCCCCCUGCCACAGAGGAGAUGGUGGCGCAGUCGUCUGUGGUGAAGGGCCGCUUCAUGGGGGACCCAUCACACGAGUAUGAACACAUUGAGCUGCAGAAGGUGAAUGAAGGCGAAAAGGUCUUUGAAGAAGAAGUAGUGGUCCAGAUCAAGGAAGAGACCCGCUUAGUGUAUAUCAUUGACCAGAUUGACAAGGCUGUGGCCAUCAUCCCCCGAGGCGCCCUCUUCAAGACCCCUUUUGGACCCACCCAUGUCAAUCGGACCUUUGAAGGACUGUCCUUGUCUGAGGCCAAGAAGCUCAGCUCCUACUUCCACUUCAGGGAGCCUGUUGAGCUAAAGAAUAAGACCUUGCUUGAGAAGGCUGACCUGGACCCCUCCUUGGAUUUCAUGGACUCCUUGGAGCACGAUGUCCCCAAAGGGUCCUGGAGUAUCCAGAUGGAGAGGGGCAACGCCCUGGUGGUGCUGCGCAGCCUGCUCUGGCCAGGCCUCACCUUCUACCAUGCUCCCCGCACCAAGAACUAUGGCUACAUCUAUGUGGGCACUGGUGAGAAGAACAUGGACUUGCCCUUCAUGCUAUAGAAGGCGCCAGCCUGGAUUUUUAAACACAGCCUCUUAACAUGAUUUUCUUAAGCUUCAGUGAACUUGGCCUGGUUGUUCUGUCCUACCUUCGUAUCUCCAUCGUCGUCUGGUUCCAGGUUCUGACAGGCCCAAUGAGCCAGGGAACUCAUCUCUAAACCAAAUGGCAGAGGGUUGGAAUGUGCUAAUGAAAGAUACUAGACAAUGAUGGGUGGAAAUAGCUGUGGGAAAAGGUGACAAUCAGGGCCCCUUUGAAGAAGGCAGUUUCUUGGAUUCAUACGAGCGGCAGGUGUGCCAGGAAGCCCUCCUUGGCUCCUUGUGGCUCUCCCAGACUAAGGAGCUUACAGCUGUCAUAAAGAGGAUGGAGCCUGUUUGGCCCAUGAAUUCCCUCUAAUUGACUCAUUGGCUCCAUCACAAGAGAUCAGUGACUCAAUGCUCAGCCUGAAAUGUGCCCAGGUGCCCCUGUACUUCCCAAGCAGUGAGCACACAUCCAGUGGGUAAGCCCAUGAGCCUACUUUAUGACAUUCCAUUGGGCAAAACUCCUGUCCCCAGCACUGAGCAUGGCCCAAGCCCCACAGCGGCUGCCAAGGGACCCAACUGCCCUGCUUGCCUCUAGCUCUCAGCAUUGCUACUGGGCAAGCCAAGGGUACUGAAGUUUAUCCCACUGUCCCCUGUCCAUCCAUAUUGGAGGGGCCAGGCCAUCGUGGUGGGGUGGGGCAGGAGAAUAGUUGGGGCCGAGGGCUUGUGAGUGGGCCUCCUACUCCACAGCACAGGUGCAAGAGGAACUUUGGAAGCCCUGCUGUCUGUCAUUGAUACAGCUUCCAAGGUGUUCUUGAGUAGCAGACAUUGUCCCUCAGGAGAGGUGACCCCACGGGCAUGAGCACCCUGUUCCAGCGGGGGCCUUUUUUGUAGAUGGGCUUGACGGACUUGGGAGCCCAGCGCGUCAGGUACCUGUGGAGGGAGAAUAAAGAUGUGCCUGUGAGGGCUGGGGGCCCAAGCUGGAACUGGGAGAGUGAAGCUCUGCCUCCUUAGGCCUGGCCAUGGUUGCGCAAGCAAAUCGUUUCACCAGUUUCCCUUUCCUGAAAUGCAGGGAUUUUCUUGGGAGUAACAGCUGGGUGUCCUGUAAACAGAUGGGCUGGGCUCUUGCUGCUGAAAGCCUGUGUGGCCAGGGUCAGGCAGCUCAGAGCCACGAGCUCCCUUGAUCUUCAUAAUUGUCAAUGUUUGUGUGUGUUUGCUGAGCAAAAGGAGGAAGAGGCUGCCUGAGCAGAUCAUUCCUCUGGCCUCAGCCAUGGGGUGAGAAGAGCUGAUGUAAGGGCCUGAAGGAACCCAUUACUCUUCCCCAUUUGGCUCACUCAGCCACCCUAGCCUUUAGGGAACUCCCCAGGGUACCAUAACUGGUGUAGGACCCCUGCCCCUCACCCAACCUGUAAUGGGAAAUAAGUGGUAAGGGCCUGCAGGCACAGCCCUAGCCCAGGAAGGUUCCUGUAAGUAGGAGGUGGGGUGGGGAAAGAUGGCUGCCACCCAUGGACCUUUGGCCUUCUCUGGGGAUGGCCAGGGCCCUGAUAGUUCCCAGAAAAGUGGCUCAUGCCGGCUGGGAUUUGGUUUUACUUUGUCCAGAAUAAAACUUGGAUCCUGUCCAGAAAGGCCCAUCCUUCAUUCUGAAAGCUCAGCUAUGACAACGGCCAGGAAUCCUCCCCUGCCUCCAUUCUAGGUUGGGGCUCAACCCAGCUGUCUCUAGAGACCGUCAAAGAAAACACUUUUUUAUUUAAAAAAAAAAAAAAAAA